GGUUUAAAUAACAAAUCCUUUGUAGGUGCACGUCUUAAAUACGGGUCAUUUAUAAUUAAAAUAUAAUGAAUAAGUUUCUGUGCGUGCCUGUAAUUCUGUUUUGGCUCUUUGCUCAUGUACAAGGAGCGCCGUCACAGAGGAUCGUUGGUGGAUAUGAGCCACCUCCUCAUUACGGAAGAUUUCAUGUCUCCCUACAAAACUUAACGGGCUAUCACGUUUGUGGUGGCGCGGUUGUUUCUGAUCGGCAUAUUAUUACUGCCGCUCAUUGUGUUAAUGGUGCGGAACCGGAAUACAUAAAAGCCGUUGUAGGAACUACGAAUUUGGCAGUUGGUGGACACGAAUAUGACGUUAAAUCAGUUCUAAUUCAUGACGAUUAUAGUGCCGAACUAAGGAAAAAUGACAUAGCAAUACUAGAAAUCAUUGGGAUCUUUGACUCAAAGCACGUUGAUAUUUUGAAACUAUAUAGGAAAGAGUUACUGGAGGGUGAUCCACUUACGUUGAGUGGAUUUGGAGCUCAGGAGCCUCACGGCGUUUCCAGUGACCAAAUGUAUGCUUUAAACUUAACAGUAUUUAGCCAGGAAACAUGUAGAUUUGCAAUGCGAUACAAUAGAGAAGUGUUCGACGAAAUGUUCUGUACGUUUAUUCAACUGGGGCAAGGAACUUGUCACGGAGAUUCCGGUAGUCCUAUACUGAAAGACGGUCAGUUGGCUGGUGUGGUCUCAUGGGGUAUUCCUUGCGCUGUUGGAUUUCCUGAUGUUCAUACAAGAAUCAACCCCUAUUUAUUUUGGAUAUUUGAAGAAAUGGGAAAAAGCAACGAUUGCUAUAGGCGUCAAUAAGUUUCAUUACAUCUUUAAUUUUGAAAUAUUUAGUUGCAAAAUUUAUUGAAUUAUCAAGUGUUUGCAAUUGAUUUAAUUUCAAUAAACAGAACAAAGUACCUAACGUAAAGUCUAUUUAGUACAGU